UCCUUCUACACAACAGUUAAGUCUGUGACAGAGCCUCUGUGUGUGAGAGGGAAGAAGAAUGGAGAAGUCCAGGACAAAGCCUGUUGGUUUGCUAGAUAAGGCAGUGGCAGCUGCCAAAUCCAUGCGUCGUGAUGAACUGUACUUUUCUUACAAGGGAAUUCUCUACCCUACUACUGUUUGCAGUCCUGAAAAUUUCAAAGCCUUGGAGUCCUUUGAAGCCAGAAGGGAUGAUGUAAUUUUGGCAGGAUACCCUAAAUCCGGCACAAACUGGCUAAGUCAAAUCUUAACUGACCUGAUAGCCAUAUCUCAAAAGAAAACACCUGGUAGUGAAAGCACUGUGAAUGCUGAAGAAGAACAAGAAGAAUACUUAGAAGUUGGAGAUGCUGAGAAAUAUGAGCGAAUGACGAAAUUACCUUCCCCAAGAUUAAUGGUUACCCAUCUCCGUCCUGAAAAUCUUCCCAAAUCUAUCUUCCAAAACAAUGCCAAGAUAUUGUUACUGAUUCGUAAUCCAAAAGAUGUUGCUACAUCUUAUUACCAUUUUUCCAAUGCCCUGGCACUUCUUCCCUCCUAUGAGACCUGGGAUGAUUUCUUCACAGAUUUCAUGACAAAGAAAAUGGCCUGGGGAUGCUAUUUUGAAUACCUUUCUGAAUGGAACAAAUAUGCUGACAAAGAAAAUAUUAUGACAAUUACUUAUGAAGAAGUAAAAGAGAAUCCUGCCCUGAGUGUGAAAGACAUAGCUACGUUCUUUGGAAUUCCUCUGACUGAGGAACAGCUCCAGCUGGUGGUAGAGAGGAGCAGCUUCCAGUCCAUGAAGAAAAACUCAGAGAAGACCCAUGGGUCAUUUGGCAAUAUUUUCUUUCGCAAAGGUGGUGUAAGUGACUGGAAGAAUCUUUUCACUGAAGAUCAGAAUGAGAAAAUGGACAGGGCAUUUGAAGAACAUAUAGCAGGAACGAAACUUGGGAAAAAGUUGAAGUAUGACUUGUACUGCAAAGCCUGAAGAGAAAUGAAAUAUAGAUAGAAUAAGAACUUUGCAAGGCAGAAUCAGACCAUCUGAAUGCUUUACACUGGAAACCUAGAUCAAAGGUUCCAAGCACCUUAGAAUUAAUGUAGGAGUCAUUGCAGCAGCCUUUAUAGUGACAGUGAUGAGCCUUUUGUUUUAGUAUGAGACUUCAGGCUACACUCACUUGCUGAAGAAGAUGGCAACUAAUUAUAUUUACAAAAACCUAAU